AUGAAAACAAACAAACGCGGAAACGCCCGUCAGAUUCAGCUCCGAGACUUCGCCAAGAGUCAAAUUUCACUGAACCGAAAAAGCGACGGAGCUAAGGAAACUCCAGCGGGAGAAGUGAAAAAGGUUGAAGGGAAAACCGCCGGAGAGAGAGAGAGAGGGACUCCGACGGGCGACGGGGACUACUUCCGACGCGAUUCCCUGCAUCAAUUCCUAACUGAACCAUUGUUAGGAGCUUCGUUCGGCGCCGUGAUCUGUUCCGCUUCUACCCCGAAUCCUCUGCAGAAUUCUGGAGUUGGAUUGUCUAACUCCGGAGUUCCUCUCUUCUGGCUGGCAUAG